AUGACAUUAUGGGCCAUCAUAGGUUUCCUUCUAUGCUCAAAUUACUCAAGAUACUUUUUUCAGACCGAAGUCGAUGGUGUGAGUGUCAUAGGAGAUAGACAAUUAUACACUGAAGUGGGUUCCUACAAGUCGAUACCAGUGGCUGUGAAAUAUCUCAGUAAUGUUAAAAUCGAACUGACACUCGAUAAUUUGUAUGAACUGAAAGUCAUGAAGGACCUAACGCACGAUAAUUUGGUGAAAUUCCAUGGCGCUUGCUUUGAUAUCCCGAAUUGUUUGUUAACAGAAUAUUGUCAAAGAGGUAGUUUAGAUGAUAUUCUUGGAAACGAUCAACUCAAGUUUGACUGGCCUUUGAGGAUUUCUUUGAUGAUGGACUUAGUACGUGGAAUGGAUUAUAUUCAUCGCAGUUCAAUAAAAUCUCAUGGUGCUCUAAAAUCAUCUAAUUGUUUGGUUGACAGUAGAUUUGCUCUGAAAAUUGCAGAUUUUGGUUUGAGCUUCUUAAGAGUAUACAUGAAUGAAGAAGGUAAAGAAUCACACUCCUACUGGCAAAGAUUAUUAUGGACGGCGCCAGAACUGCUCAAUAUGCAUCCAACUCCACCAGCCGGAUCACAGAGAGGAGACGUAUAUUCAUUUGCAAUAAUAAUGCACGAAAUAAUGAUUAGGCAAGGUGUUUUCUAUCUUAGGAAUGUUCGAAUGGAUAAUAGAGAAAAAGUGGAAAGAGUGAAAAAAGGUCCAAUUGCUAAUAAUGGAAAAGCUUUCAGACCACAUUUAGGAGACGAUGCAGUUUGUGAACACGAUGAAUUGGAACAACUUAUGAUGAAAUGUUGGGCAGAAGAUCCUAUUCAUCGUCCAGAUUUCGCAAAUAUAAAAAAUAAAUUGCAGCAAUUGUAUAAAAAAGAAUGCAAUGGUAAUCUCAUGGAUGAUUUACUUGCUCGUAUGGCACAGUAUGCUAAUAACUUAGAAGAGCAAGUAGAAAUACGUACUGCUGCAUAUCAUGAAGAGAAACAGAAAUGUGAGAAACUUCUCUAUCAACUUCUCCCUGAGAGCGUAGCCCAGCAAUUAAUAUCCGGGGAAUCUGUUGUAGCUGAGACUUUCGAUUCCGUUACUAUUUAUUUCAGCGAUAUAGUUGGAUUCACAUCACUGUCGGCAAAUAGCACUCCUCUCCAAGUCGUCGAUUUACUCAAUGAUCUGUACACGUGUUUUGAUUCAAUUAUUGGAGCUUACGAUGUAUAUAAGGUUGAAACAAUUGGAGAUGCAUAUAUGGUCGUCUCUGGCCUGCCAAAAAGAAACGGUAUUAAUCACGCAGGAGAAAUAGCUAGAAUGUCUUUGGCGUUGUUGAAAGCAGUUAGUGAGUUUCGAAUUAGGCAUAAGCCCAAUGAACCUCUCAAACUUCGAAUUGGAAUACAUACAG